CGGUGACCGCCCACCCCCGGGCUCUGCCCCCGCGCCGGGGCUCGGACACGUGGGGCCCGGAGGAGCGGGGGGAGCCCUCGCGCCGUAGGGGGGCCCGUUAAAAGGGGCCAGCGCUAGCGGGGGAGGGGCAGGUCGGGCCGCGCCCGCUAGUCCCCCCGCUCCCUGCCUGGGUGGGGGGGCCGCUACCGUCCCGUGUCCCCGCGCGUGCAGCCGCCUCGCGUGGGGAGCCGCGGGCCGGCGGGCGGGACACACCGGCCUGUGACGCGCGCCGGGUAAAGCCAACGGGCCGUGCAGCGAGACCCCCGCCGGCCGGGGCUGUCUGCUGCACAGCGGGCCCGGCCGGCCAUGGCCACCGCCCCCGGGCAGGGUGUGUGUGUUUGGGAUGCCCUGCAGCCAGUGGGAGGAGACCGAGCUUCCCUCUCUCCCUCAGCCCGGGGUCCUUCGGCUCAGGCGGAGCGGGCUGGUGCCGGAGAGAUUUUUGAGUCGGACUCUUGCUUCAGGUUGUUUCUGGUCCUGGGGCCUCGGUGUCCCACUACAGGAGAGGAGACACUGCCUGGAGAGUCGUGCAGAGCGUCGCCAAAAGGCCUGCCCUGUGCAGGGGUUAAAUAACCAGCAAAGCGGGGAGGGGGCAUGAAGCAGCCCAGGGAAGAGAGAACAGAGAAGCCUCCCGCUAACCUGGCCUGUGGUGGAGAGCGAUCAGACGGCUUCUCUGGACCUUAAGAAUGGCCGAGGAAAAGGCUCACUUGCCCACAGUAGCCGGAUGCUGAAGAGAGAAGAGGCAAGUAGUAGGUCAACGGAAGAAUUCUGUCGAGCCAGCUACUGCCUGUCAGGGAGAUGGAUUGGCUACAGUGACAAGAGAACCCCUCUUGAAUUGUGGACACCAGAACCGGACUCAGUAUUCCUGCGGCAGUGGCACCAACACCAAAUAGAGAGCUUCCUAUCCUGCAUACGGUGGCUUUGCUGAAGUGCUGCACAUGGUGAACCUGAGAAACCCACAGGACACAUUCCGGGAUGGCAGCUAGGUGACGACAGCUGAGGAUGACCCUGACUGAAAAGCUGCGCGAGAAGAUAUCGCGGGCAUUCUACAACCACGGGCUGCUGUGUGCUUCAUACCCCAUUCCCAUCAUCCUCUUCACUGGCGUCUGCAUCCUGGCCUGCUGCUACCCGCUGCUUAAACUCCCCUUACCUGGAACAGGCCCUGUGGAGUACAGCACCCCCGUGAAGGAUUACUCGUCACCUUCUUCAGAGCCGGGCCACCAGCAAGGAGAUCCUAGUGAGAGACCUGAUUGGUACCUGGGCGCUCCUGUGGCCUACAUACAGCAGAUCUUGGUGAAAGCUACGGUCUCACCAUGGCACAAGAACUUCCUCGCUGUGGACGUGUUCCGCUCACCGCUCUCCCGCGUCUUCCAGCUAGUGGAGGAGAUCAGAAACCACGCCCUGAGAGACAGUUCUGGGAUCAGAAGUUUGGAGGAAGUCUGCCUUCAGGUGACAGACCUCCUGCCCAGCUUAAAGAAGCUGCGAGACCUGCUACCUGAACAUGGCUGCCUCCUGCUGUCUCCAGGGAACUUCUGGCAGAAUGACCGAGAGCGCUUUAACUCCGACCCUAAUAUCAUCAAAACCAUCCACCAGCACGAACCAAAGACACUGCAGACAUCAGCUACCCUCAAAGAUCUCUUGUUCGGAGUCCCAGGGAAGUACAGCGGCGUGAACCUGUACAACAGGAAGCGGGUGGUGUCCUACACUGUCACACUAGCUCUCCAGCAAUAUGAUUCCAGGUUCCUCACCAGCCUCCGCUCCCGGCUGAAGCUGCUGCACCCUAGCCCCAACUGCACCCUGCGGGAGGAGCACAUCAUUCACGUCCACUUCAAGGAAGAGAUUGGCAUUGCUGAGCUGAUCCCCCUCGUCACCACCUACAUCAUCCUCUUCGCUUACAUCUACUUCUCCACACGGAAGAUUGACAUGGUGAAGUCGAAAUGGGGCUUGGCCCUGGCAGCAGUCGUGACGGUGCUCAGUUCUCUGCUCAUGUCGGUGGGUCUGUGUACGCUGUUUGGCCUGACGCCUACUCUCAACGGAGGGGAGAUUUUUCCGUACCUGGUGGUGGUGAUUGGCCUGGAGAAUGUGCUGGUUCUCACCAAAUCGGUCGUCUCCACGCCCGUUGACCUGGAAGUAAAACUGAGGAUUGCACAAGGCUUGAGCAAUGAGAGCUGGUCUAUUAUGAAGAACAUGGCCACAGAGCUUGGGAUCAUCCUGAUUGGUUAUUUCACGCUCGUCCCGGCCAUCCAGGAGUUUUGCCUCUUUGCUGUGGUUGGCCUAGUGUCCGACUUCUUCCUACAGAUGUUUUUCUUCACCACCGUGUUGUCCAUUGACAUUCGCCGGAUGGAGCUCGCUGACCUGAACAAACGGCUGCCGGCAGAAGCCUGCAUGCCCCCGGCAAAGCCAGUGAGCCGCUCCCAGAGGUACGAGCGCCAGCCAGCCAUGCAGCCAGCCACCCCUCACACCAUCACCCUGCAGCCGUCGUCCUUCAGGAAUCUGCGCCUGCCCAAGAGGCUGCGGGUCAUCUACUUUUUUGCCAGGACCCGGCUGGCCCAGCGGCUCAUCAUGGCUGGAACGGUGAUUUGGAUUGGAAUCCUGGUGUACACGGAUCCAGCUGGCCUCCGCACCUACCUCACGUCGCAGGUCGCAGAGCAGAGCCCGCUGGGAGAAGCGGGACUGCCUCCCAUGCCAGUUCCUGGAGGGGUCCUUCCGGCUGGGGAUGCCAAGCUCGCCCUCUCGGUCUUCCCCUCGGAGCCCGUGCAGCUGUCAGAGAACCAGACGCAGCAGCAGCGCGAGCAGAAGGAAGGGCUAGAGUCCCGGAAUGGGCUGGAGGCAAAUCAGCAGCCGUGGGCGCAGGGACCGGAGAGCCAAGGCAGUGGGCAGCCGGAGCCUGGCACCAAGGCGGAGGUGACAUGGGGAGUGGAGGAUGAGGAGAUCUGGAGGAAGCUCUCCUUCCGACACUGGCCAUCCCUCUUCAGUUACUACAACAUCACCCUGGCCAAAAGGUACAUCAGCAUCCUCCCAGCCAUCCCUGUCACCUUGUACCUGAAUCCACGAGAAGCCUUAGAAGUGCGCCACCCUCAGGAGGCUGAUCGCUACCACUCUUUCUUCCCUUCGAGCCUUGGGAAAUUGGAGGCGGUGGAUCAGCCUGGCGAGGCCUUGCCCAAACUGCAGGGGCACAGGGACGUCACGCUCUACAAGGUAGCUGCUCUGGGCCUGGCCUCUGGCAUCCUUCUGGUUCUUCUGCUCUUCUGCCUGUAUAGAGUGUUCUGCCCCAAAAACUACGGGCAGAACGGGCUCUCGCACAGCCGGAGGAAGAGAGGGGACCUGCCCUGUGACGACUACGGCUAUUCCCCACCUGAGACCGAGAUCGUCCCCCUGGUCCUCAGGGGUCACCUCAUGGAUAUUGAGUGCCUGGCCAGCGACGGGAUGCUGCUCGUCAGCUGCUGCCUGGUGGGUCAGAUCCGAGUGUGGGAUGCUCAGACUGGAGACUGCCUCACUGUCAUCCCCAAACAAGGGUUGCGUAGAGACAGCAGCGGCAUCUUUGAUUACCAGGAGAGCUGGGAUCAGAGCCCAGACCUCAAGAACGGGCUGGAAGAUCCCUUCGAUAACAGCCACCAGCUCAAGAGGAUGCUGAGCCCCCCGCAGCCCCCUCUGUUCUGCGACCAGCCAGACCUCACCUCACUCAUCGACACCAACUUCUCGGAGCAGGACAAGGUGGUGGAGCCAGAGCCCAGACACCGCACAGUCUGCAGCCGGCACAAGGACACUGGCUACGACUUCGACAGACUGGUAGAGAAGGUCUACGAGGAGCAAAGCGCUUCGAACUGCAUGAACUUCGCCGGCUUCCCGACCCCCCAUGGGCAGGCUGCUUCCUGUGCUAGGGCAGGCAGCGCCAGGGCCCUGAGCUGCGGGACCGGGGAGGGCGGGUACAGCGCCUGCAGGAAGAGCCUAGGGGACGAGCCUUUGGCCGGAUUUGAAAAGUCCUCCCCAGUCUCUGCCUGGGUCGGUGACUUGGAAAGCUCUGUCUGGAGCCUGGACCUGCGGGGCAACCUCAUUGUGGCUGGCCGGAGCAAUGGGAAGCUGGAGGUGUGGGAUGCCAUCGAGGGGACCUUACGGUGCAGUAACGAGGAGGGUCAGUCCGGAAUCACAGCACUCGUCUUCCUGAACAACAGGAUUGUAGCUGCCAGGCUGAACGGCUCCUUGGAUUUCUUCUCUUUAGAAACCCAUUCAUCCUACAACCACCUGCAGUUCCGAGGAACCCCGAGCAGGAGCAGCAUCCCAUCCUCCCCCAUGUGCAGCAGCAAUGACCUCAUCAUCUGCCAGCUGACCCACACAGUGCCCUGCGCCCAUCAGAAGCCAAUCACGGCACUGAAGGCUGCGGCCGGGCGGCUGGUGACAGGCAGCCAGGACCAUACUCUGAAAGUGUACCGGCUGGAAGAUUCCUGCUGCUUGUUUACACUGCAGGGUCACUCAGGAGCAAUCACAGCUGUGUAUAUAGACCAGACAAUGGGGCUAGCGAGCGGGGGCCAGGAUGGCGCUAUCUGCCUUUGGGAUGUGCUGACAGGAAGCAGGGUCAGUCACAUGUACGCCCACCGCGGGGAUGUCACCUCGCUGACCUGCACCACCUCCUGCGUGAUCAGCAGUGGCUUGGAUGACGUGAUCAGCAUCUGGGACCGAAGCUCCGGGAUCAAACUCUAUUCCAUUCAGCAGGACCUGGGGUGCGGGGCUAGCCUGGGGGUGAUCUCCGACAACCUGCUGGUGACGGGAGGCCAGGGCUGCGUCUCCUUCUGGGACAUCGGCUACGGCGACCUGCUGCAGACCGUCUAUUUGGGGAAGAGCAACGAGUCGCAGCCGGCCCGGCAGAUCCUGGUGUUGGAGAACGCCGCCAUCGUCUGCAACUUCGGCAGCGAACUCAGUCUGGUCUACGUGCCCUCGGUGCUGGAGAAACUGGACUGAGGGGUGGAGCUGGGCCCUGCGGGCCACCGUAUCUGAGUUCUGAUUGGUUGGCGCCUAGGGUGGGAGGACAGGGCAGGAGCUCCAGGGGGGUUCCCAGGAGAGAGCCUGCUUCUCCAUCCCUUCCUCCCCGUCCCCAGCUCCUUGGAUCCCAGGCGCUCCCCCUGCAGCUGCCUGGGUGGGGCAGAGCCCUGCUCUGCCUGUGUCCCCCCACCCAAGGCAUCCUCCCGCCCUGCUCUUGCUCCGCAGGUCAGUUCUUCCCUUGGGGCUGCGGCUGAGCUCAGUGGGGAUGGGACCCAGCUCAUAGAUCUGCAGUCCCCCGUGGGGCAGGAAGCUGGUGCUGUCACCAGCUGGAGGGAUGCCCUGGGGGAGCUACCAGCUGCCGCAGUGGGGGAUGUGUGUCUGGUGCUCGGCGCUGAGUGCCAGCAGCCCCGGCACAUCCUUGGCUGCGUUGCACUGCAGGUGGCCAGAAAACCGAGGAGCAGUCUGUGGGAUGGGGCUUAACAGAGCCUGGUAUGUGCAGUGCUAUGGGCUUGGGGAGCAUGGGGGCCCAGUGCCCAUGGGGCUGAGACGGUAGAGAGGGGAACUCCUGCUACAGCUGGGGAGGGGGCUGCGGGCGGGGUGGGGGGGGGGAGCCUAGUGGUCUGAUUGCAGGACGGGGAGCCUGGCCCUGCUGUGUCCAACACCUGGCUUGGCUGCUGCCUCCAGCAGGGGCCUGGGGCUCUCUGUGGGAUGUUUCUGUAGCUGUGAAGCAGGUUAACCCUGCCCUGCCCCCUGGAGACUGGAAAGCCUGGAGAGUGUAGCCCAGUGCUUGGGGGGGGUGGGGGGGGGGCGUUGCCCAGGUCAGCCACGGGGCCCUCCAGUGUGAGGAGAGGGAGUCCAUGCCGGCAUUGCUAUUAGGGUGGCCAUAGCCCCACUGUGCAAGGUGCUGUACAGACACAGGUGCCAGGCCCUGGUUCCCUCUACCAGCAAGGCCUGUGCCCUGAAGGGCAGGGCAGGGGCCGCGUAUGUUACAGCGUGUCCCUGUAAGGCGGGCCCUGGUUCAAAUGAAAUCCUGCCCAUGGCCAACAGGCAUUUCCCUGCAGUGAAUAAGGGCAGCCUAGAUCCUAGAGGGGGAUGGGCCUCAGCCCCCCCUUGUGUCCUGGCUGGCAUUCAAUGCCCACCGCCCCUGUGCUUCCCCAGCACUGCUUGCAGGUGCAGGCCCUGCCCAGGGAGGGGUGCCGGGGCCAGAGCUGCCAUCUGUGGGCAGGGGCUCGCUGGCCCUGGGGGGAUCCCCUGCUCACCUGGCUUGGGCUGUGACAGCGUGCAGGACGGGCUGUGGGCAGGAGGGGUGUGUGUGUUAAUUUACUGGCUGCUGUAGCUCAAUCAGGCACCAUUAACCAGCUCCUGCACUCGCUUGGUCACAGAAGGGGGGCUGGGGCAGCGCUGGUGGCUGAUUGGGCAGCGGGCGAAAGCAGAAGCUGACCGCCAGCUCCCCUGCGUUAGCACUGGGCUCUGUCUCCCUGCCUCAGAAUGAGAAGGGUGUGUUGGGCUCUGCCCUCAGCCCUGCCCCAGAGAGCCCUGUACACCCACAUCACGUGCCCUAUUUAUUGCUAUGCUGUAUAUACUUAUUUAUUAUGGUGGAUGAGCCGCGGGCGGCCUGUAGCCCGUGGCCAGUGCUGCCUCAACUGCAGCAAAUGCCGGCAGCUCCCUGCUGCUCUGGGGCACCAGGAGCCUGGUUCCAGAGCAGCCCAGAGCAGAGCCCUGGCAUGAGCAGGGGGGCAGCUGAACCCUCUGGCUGCUGGCACAAUAAAGAAGCGUGCAUGGGGCAGGACAUGCACACAGAGGCUGGGAACUGGCUCUUGGAAACCUCUGCCCCCACUCACCCCCCAACUAAGUGGUUGGCUUUGUUGGAUUCUGGAGGAGGGAGGCUGCACCAUCGGCACCUGCUUGGGGGCCAGCCAUUGAGAUUUCCUGACCCCACAGGCAGGUCCCCUCCAUGCAGACACCAGACGGGCUGUGAAGCCCUCUCCAGGGGAGAUGACACCGGGAGCAUGGCUGCAGGUCCAACAGCCAGCACGUGCAGUGGGACCAAGCAGGGCACUCCCGCAUGGUCAGUCUCCCGCAUGGGACCCGUGGUGCUGGGAGCCCAGCUCUGGCCUGAUCAUGUCAUUGAGGAAAUGAGCCUAUGGCACAAGCUGAGGUCUGUGUUGUCGUCAUCCGCGUUCCCAUUCUGGCAUUCCCCCCCCGCCCCGGCGCGCACCUCGAGCCCUGGAAAAAGCACCAGCCCCAAGGAGCCUGAACCUGCCUCAGGCAUGUAUACAGGAGUCUCCAGCACCCAAGCUGGUUUCCCUGGGCAUGGGAGAAGGCACCUGCCCAGGCCACGGAGCCAAGUGCAGGGGAACAGGCACCACUUCCAUCCUCAGUACCAGUGCUGGGGUGGCAGAGGGGUUCCCCAGGGCCGUCUCCUGGCUUGCUCGCCAGUCUAGUGUCUGCUCUGGUGAAAGCCUGGCCUGUGGUGACCACAGUGUGUGAACACCUUGCGCUGGAGGAAGGGAAUGGGAAGCUGUGUGGGGGGAAACCAGGCUUGGCAAGCCAUGUGGCCAGUCCUUGUGAGGCCAUUGGCCAGUAGCUGGGGGAAGCCCUAGAGGUAAGGAGCCCAAAGGGUUUAUUUCAAUCUACAUGUUUCACUGACAGCAGGACGUGCUGCUCGAGUGCCUGUUCAUGUGUGAUGUAAUUCUGUGCCUGUAGAGACCCACUGGAUGGCCCAGACCUUAUGAGCCCCAAGGUUGAGUCCUGCUGAGAACUAAUCUCUCGCCUGCCUCAGCAGUGGGGCAGGUGAGCUGAGGGCCCAGACAAGGCUGUGGCUCUGGUGGGAUCUGCAGUAUGGGAGUGGGCUGGCCCCUGAAAGUCCAGCCACUGCUGCAAGCAGCUUGGGGGGGGGUCCUGCUCCUGAGCCCCUGGGCCGUGUGCUCACUCGCUGAUGCCCUGGCUGUGUCUGUCCUGCCUCGGGUGGCCUUAGCCCUGCUGUACGCUUUGUACUGUACAGUGGAAGCUUUUUUGUACCAGAUUGUGUUUUAUAACCUGUACAAAGACACAUUAAACCAAACUAACCAAAA